GCGGGGAUAUUAGAAGCAUUGCAGUACCACCUUCACUCCCACCAAUUAGCGAGGGCGGAUAUAUUAUAAGCAUUCAGGUACCACCUCCCCUCUGGACAGUUAAAGCAGGUAUAUUAGGAGCAUUAUGGCAGCAUCUCCCCUCCUUCAAUUUAGGAUGGGGGCUAUAUUAGAAGCGGUAUAGUUUUAUCUCCCCUCCUCCAAUUAGAAGCAUUGCGGUACCACUUCUCCUCCCUCCACGUAAUUAAUGCGGGUAUAUUACGAGUAUUGUGGUACCACCUCCCUCCGAUUUACAAAAGGAGUAGCCUCCUGGUACCACCUCUCCUCCAGUUUACGAUGCCGGGUAUAUUAAAAGAAUUACUGUACCACCUUUCCUCCCUCCCUCCCAUUAACGAUGGUGUAUUAGGAGUAUUACGGCACUAUCUCCGCUCUAUAUUUACAACGGCAGGUAUAUUAAGAGACCUAUGGUACUAUCUACCCACCGCCACCUUCAGAUGGGGACUAUUAGGAGUGUUACGGGGGGGUGGCAUAAAUUACACAUUGCAUUCCUCCACAUGGUGGUGCGCGGGGCUCCUAUCCUAGUAAUUGCGGUAGCCUCCCCUUUCCGUAGUGCCGGCCUAAUCCCGGAUAGUAUGGUAUUACCCCUCUUCUUCCAAGAGAACGCUAUUAGGGGCAUUAUGGGAGCCGUUCUGCAUGGGGAUGUUAAUUAUGGUAGUAGGGGCGCACACAGUUACUAUGGGGAGAUUUGGGGGAAGAGCCCGGACGCCUGGUUCAGUCUCAGCGCUGUAGGUGGGGGCUUGGACGCCUAGGUCCCAUUCUAAGAGGUGGGGGGACCCCGGGCACCUGGGAUCAUUUCUAGCCCUGUGGGCAGCCACUCGGACGCCUGGGUUCCCUUCUUUUACUGUGAUGGCAUCCUGGACUCUUGGGUUCCCUUUCUCUAGCCAAAACGGAACCCAGGCGUCUGAGACUUCUCUAAGAGAGGUCUGGAAGCUCAGAUGCCUGGGUUUUGUGGGGGGAGCGCUCGGCGGUGACUGAGGCUAAGGCACUGAUUGGCGCUGGGCUGACGCAGCGGACAGGCCCCACCCCCUCCAGCCUCACCUGUUCAGAACCAGCCGCAUUUCCCGGACCCCCGCCCAGGGAACUCAGGCGUCUGGGCUCCUAGUGUCCCCUGCUCCCACCCGCACACCAGCCCGGACGCCUGGGUUCCCUGCUAAGCCUGUGAUGGGGGCUUGGACACCUGAGUUCCCUCCUAUAGCUAGCAUGGAAAGCCGAACACCUGGGUUCCGUCCCAGCUCUGUGGGUGGAGACUCGGACGACUGGGUUCCAAUCUAGGGGAGGUGGGGGGAGCCCGGACACCUGCGGUCCCUCCUACAGCCCUCAUGGCUGCUUGGACGCCUGGGUUCCUCUCUAGAGCUGUGACGGGAACCGGGAUGCCUGGGUUUUGUCCCAGCGCUGUGGGUGGGGGCUCAGACAGCUGGGUUCCCUCUAUAGCUCUCAAGGGAGCUCGGACUCCUGGGUUCUCUCUUACAGCAGCGAUGGGAGCCCGGACGCUUGGGUUUAGUCUCAGCGCUGUAGGUGGGGGCUCGGACGCCCAGGUUCCAUUCUAAGAGGUGGGGAGACCCCGGCCACCUGGGAUCCUUCCCAGCCCUGUGUGCAGCUACUCGGACGCCUGGGUUCCCUCCUCUUGCUGUGAUGGCAUCCUGGACUCUUGGGUUCCCUUCCUCUGACCGAAACGGAACCCAGGCGCGCGAGACUUGAAUUUAGUGCCAAACGGUGGUUGGGGGGAAAAGGUCUCUUCCUCCUCCUCCUCCUCCUCCUCAGUGCCGCCCGCUCCCACCCCCUCAUGCAUAUUCAUGAGCCGCCCCCUCCUCCUCCUCCUCCUCCUCCUCCUCUUCCCCCCGCCCGCACCGGAGCCGCCGUCGCCGCCGCCAGAGUCGGAGCUAACCGGACCCCACUGCUGUCUCCGGCAGCUCCCGGUGCCCUCUUCCUGCCCCCCCCUCACCCAGGCUAUGCCCCCGGGGGGUUAACCCCCCCCGCUGCCCCCCCCCGCCCUCCCUGUGCUAGGGGGAGCUAUGGGGCUGGUGGGGGGGCCAGGGGGUGACCCCCGACCACCCCGCUGAGUCUCUCCCCCCCCAGUAUUCCCCUUCUUCUCGGCACCAUGGGCUGCAACAUGUGCGUGGUGGAGAAGCCGGAGGAGCAGUACAAGGUCAUGCUGCAGGUGCAUGGCAAGGAGCUGUCGGGACCAGGGCUGGAGGUGCUGCGAGGGGCCAAGGAACCACUGGUGAUCCAGGUGCUGAGGCGAAGCCCACGGGAGACUCGGGGGCGGCCAGGUUCUGGGCUGCCUCCCCCGACCCCUCCAGUCCUGGCUCUGCCCCCCACAGCACCCCUGCCUCUGCCCCCCGGUCCUGGCCUUGUGGAUAGCGGGACCCAGACAGACAUUAGCUUUGAGCGGCUGCUGGCACGGGGCUGGCGCCCACCCCCUGACAUCACCUCCCUCGGGCAUGAGUACUACGACCCUGUGGAGUUAAUGGAAGGCGUGGUCCCGGAGACAGAGCGUACAGAGGAGCUGGAAUAUGAGGAGGUGGAGCUCUACAAGCCGAGUCACAGGGACAAGCUGGGGCUCAUGGUCUGUUACCGCACCGACGACGAGGAUGACGUGGGCAUCUAUGUGGGAGAGGUGAAUCCCAAUAGCAUUGCAGCCAGGGAUGGACGUAUCCGUGAAGGAGAUCGCAUUGUCCAGAUCAAUGGGGUGGAGGUCCAUGACCGGGAGGAGGCUGUGGCUAUCCUGACCCACGAGCAGCGAACCAACAUUUCCCUGCUGCUGGCGCGGCCUGAGGCUGAGCUGUCAAAGCACUGGAAGGACAGUGACCGCGAAGAUUUCCUUGAUGACUUCGGCUCUGACCCCGAGGAUGAGGCACGACCCCGACCCCCCCGUGCUGCCCCAGGCCAGCCCCAAAUGGCCACCCCAGCCCUGCCACUGCCCCCCCCUGCAGCCCCUCCGGCCUUGGGGGAGCCAGACAGUGGGGUUGGCCGCACAGAUGAGAGCACCCGCAAUGAGGAGAGUUCGGAGCAUGACUUGCUAGGUGAUGAGCCCCCCAGCGGCACUGGCACCCCAGCCCUGCAGCGCCGUGGUGAGCCCCUCCCAGAUGCUGUGGUCCCUCCACCUAGCCCCCCAGCCACCCCAGGCCUCACCCCGGAGGAGGCUGAAAGAUAUCGUGAGCUUCUGGAGCUACGGGGGCACCUCCAGAAUGGCAACCAGGGUCCCCCCCUUUACCGGGGGGUGCCAGGGGGCCUGGAUGUCAACCGCAAUGAGGUAGCUUUGCUGGAGGAGGAGCUGCGGCACCUGGAAUUCAAGUGCCGCAACAUUCUCCGUGCCCAAAAGAUGCAGCAGUUGCGGGAGCGGUGCCUCAAGGCCUGGCUAUUGGAAGAUGGGGGGCCAGGGGGCUAUGAAGUCUCCCUAGGCGGCCCCCCCCAUGCCUUGGCUGAUAUCACGGAGCUCCCUGAAAGCGCCUAUAACACAGGUGAGAGCUGCCGCAGCACCCCUCAGCUGGAGAGCCCACUCCGCCAGCCCCCCAUGGGCAACCUCAACCGGCCUCCAGGUCCCCCAAAAACUCGGCGCCCUAGUGAGGCCCGUCCAACCAAGCGUAGCCCCCGGGAAGCUUCACCCAGUCGUCUAGGCCGCAAGGACAACAUGGCUGUUGUUGCUUCAGCACCGCCAGGCCUAGUGCCUCUGUGUGCCAGCGAAGCCUUGCCAGGAGUAGGCCGGGGUGGGGAAUGGCGGGGCAAAGGUGCCAAGAGGCCUGUGAGAGACCGGCUUCUCAAGGCACGGGCCUUGAAGAUCAGGGAGGAAAGAAGCGGGAUGACAACCGAUGACGAUGCCAUGAGCGAGCUGAAGUUGGGCCGCUACUGGAGCCGAGAAGAACGCAAGCAGCACCUGGCCCGAGCCCGGGAGCAGCGCCGGCGCCGUGAGCUGAUGCUCCAGAGCCGGCUGGAAGCAGCAGGGGCAUCCCCCGAGACCUCAGCCGUGGCCCUGGGCCACCGCAAGACACUGAGGAAGCGGAGCCGCCGCAUCCUCGACAACUGGCUGACCAUCCAGGAGAUGCUGGCCCAUGGCAGCCGUGGGGCCGACGGCCGGCGGCUCUACAACCCCCUGCUCUCUGUCACUACUGUCUGAGGGGGAGUUCCACCCCCCGCCUCCACCUCCCACAAGGCCUGUUGCCCUGGCAAGGCUGGCCCCGCUGAGCUUGUGGCUGUGGGAGGCUUUGCCAGGCUUAGUCAGCCACAAGGACAAAAUGGCCACCAUUGCUUUUGCAGUACUGACCUUUGGUCUAAGUCUAGGGCCAAGGGUGGCUUUGCCAAGAAGAAUAGGCCACAGGGGUGACAUGGCUGCUGUUGCCCUGGCGAUGCCCACCCCAGCCAAGCAAGGGCCUGGGAGGCUUUGCUGGGCCGAGCAAGCUGUGCGGGCAAUGUGGCUGCUAUUGGUCUGGCACUUCCUGCCCUAGCCCGGCGUGGGGAAGGUUCACUAGGUUCAGUAGGCCACAGGGACAAUAUAGCCACUGUCACCCUUCCCUGCUGGGUCUGGAGGGGUUUUGCCAAGAAAAGUAGGCAGCAGGGGCAAAGUGACCAAGACUGUGCCUGGGGAGGCUUUGUAGCCACUGUCAACCUGGUGCUGCCUGGCCUGGGCCCUGUAGAGGCGUUACCAGGCCAAGCAAACCACACUGACACCAUGGCUAGGCUACCAGUACCCCAGACUUUCAGGUGGAACAAGCGCCUGAAAGAACCCAGAUGUCUGGGUUCCUUUCUCCCAAGACCAUGUACAGGGACGCACCCCCCGCAUUGGAAAGGUCCUGAAAUGAAUUGGAGGGAGGGGGGGGACUAGCUGAAAGUGCCCCCCCCCCCCAAGGGGGAGGAGGUGUGCCACAGAACUGGGGGCUGGCUUUAGGAGGGGGUUGAACGAAUGGAAGAGCCUGUAAGGAGAUGCUGGAAAAAGGGGUCCCCAUGAGCAGAACCCUGACAUCCAUCCAGUGGGGAUACCCCUCCCUCCAAGAAGCCAGGCCCCCCUGCUUGCAGCUGCCCCCAGCCUAUGGACAAUGGUGGGAGGGCUAGGAUUACCUGCCCCCCCCCAGCACAAGGACAGGCGGGGGGGGGGGGGGGGGGAUCUCCCCUGCGGGGCUUGCUUGUGUCUGUGAUUGUGGGUGUUUGUGGUUUGCCAUCUGUAUCUCUUGGGAAAGGGGAGUAACCUAGGUGCCUAAGGCUUCCCUACCUCCUUCCCUGCCUCCAACCUCCCCCUUCCCUCAGUGGCCAGGGGCCCCAGGUGCUUAGAACCUUCCCCUCCCCCAGAGCACAGAGAACCUAGGCAUUCAGGUUCCCCCAAUGCUCAUCCCUAUCAGAUACCCCCCCCUCCCCCAGCCAAUACCUAGGGAACCUAGGGCACACCCUGCUCCCUCCCAAGUUCCCUGUAGCCCAUGCCAGCAAAGAAGUCUUGUGUCCUUGCCUCACCCACCUUCCAUGCUCCCCACCUUUCCAACGUUGAACCUAGGUACCCUAGCUCUCAGCCCUUGCCCCUCUUCCUCUCCCCCCACCCUGGAGGGAACCCAGGCAUCUUGGUUCCCCCUGCAUACUUCUUCAAUGCCCAACGGACCCAGACGACCGGGGUCCCCGCCUCGCCCCGUAGCUCCCCUCCAAUGCCCCGAGGAACCCAGGCGUCUUUGCUCCCCGCCCCACCUCCCCCAACCGGAAGGGAACCCAGGCGUCCAGGUCCCCCGCGCCCCUCCUCAUUGCUUGUCUCUUCACCCCACGCCCGCCCUCAGCAGGGGGUUCGUUGGUUGUACAGCGCGGUGCGGGUGGGGGCAGGGGAGGUCCUCCCGGACGCCUGGGUCCCGGGGGCGCCGUGAGAAUAAAGCGCCGGGUGGUUUUUACUCGUUUCAA